AUGGAUACCUCUCCCAACCUGCCGAUACCCCGCCUCCGACUCACGAGGCACUCCCCACCGAGUCGCGCCGAUACCCUCAACACGCCGACCGCUGGCCCCCCGCGUACUUCGCCAGAGAACCUGCGCGCACAAAUGUACGACGAGGAGGAUGCAGACGCAACCCCGCGCAUGCCCGCCGCCCGCAUCGCGGACUCACCACAAGCCACAAUCGCGCCUGGCCUCCCUCUUGAUACCCCCGCCGCCCGCCUGCGUAUGGCCCUCGCCCGCGUACCCAAUAACAAUACGUCCCCGCCACGAGCAUCUACAUCGCGUAUCCCUGAACCUCGGACACCUUCCGAGCCCGAUUCUGACCUCGACCCGCCGUAUUCCAUCACUGCAACACCCAGCAUCGCGCGCGAGAGCCUCAGGGAGCUCUUCUCGAGCGCACUGCGUCCGGUCGGAAAUACCCCUCAAAAGUCCAAAGGACGCGCAAGACGAAACAGCGUCGGCCCUGCGAGUGAGGUCGACCCGAGUCCCCGCAUUGAGCGCGUCGAGCGGGAGAGGGCCGGAAACAAGGGCAAGCGGAAAAGCAUGAGCGACGAGGAGGCCGACCGUGAACGGUCUGAGGAAUCUACCCAAUCGUCGCACUCACGGGCUGCGCGGUGGACCGCUCUGAAUGCGGUCCUCUCCGACACACAUUCCAGCACGUUGCCGCCUACACCUCCACCGGAACGGAUGGUAACGGACAUGACGAUGCCUCCGAGCGAUACCUCGCAAGAUACUGCGACACUGCUCCGUGAGGACAACAGGCCAGAGUACGAAGCGACGCCCCCUCAUGCGAUGCGAACAAUGCACAUGUCUUCCCAGUUG